GAGGGCGUGUCCCGCGCGGGGCGGGGCGGCGGCGGCGCAGGGCGGGGGCAGCCCUAUAAUGGCGGUCGGGCGGAGGCGGCGCGGCGGCGGCGCUGAGUGGAAAUACUUGAAAGCUUCUUACUAAUAACAGGCUGUUUAGAUGUGGUCCUUAUUGCCUGGUUUACUGACAUAAAGAGAAUUAAAUUUGUCACUGGCAGUCUUACAAACUACUUUAGUUCUGAUACACUAGCUGUGACUUAUUUUUUUUAAAUUUGUUUUGUAUUUUGUUCAGUUUGACCAGUGAUAAUUGGCUAGCCAAACUUUUGGUUUUUUCCUGUCUAUAGUCAGUGCCCCAUUUUUGUUUGGUUGUGUGAAGGUGGUGCUGGUGUGUUUUGGUUUGUGAAUCUUGCAGGGAAGUGUUCAGGGAAGGACAUAAAUCUGUGGCAGUGUUUGGUGGCAUUGUUUUUUUUGUGUGUGUGUGUCUUGUUUUACUUACAGAGCAACAUCUUAACUUCUGUCCUUGCCCUGUUGAGCAAAAGUGAAAGUUAGAUGCUGAGUACAAGCUUCUGCAGUUACAGCCUUUAACGUUUUGUAACUGUAUAGGCUCCUCAUUCAGAGGAGACUAGGUGAAAAAUCGUAGUAACAUUUAAAAAUACACUGGAAGUGAUCCGAAGCAUCCUCCUAUCUUAGUAUCAGUAAAAGAUUUUCAUGAUUAAAUCGUAACAGCAAAAUUUACUUAUGCAGUCGCCUCCAUAAAAGGCAGUACUAAUUAAAUCUGUUACUGCCCAACCACAGGCUUCAACUAGAACCUCUUCCCUGCUAUCCCAGGCGUGGAUGGAGAACAUGAUACCAUACUAUUAUUCCCACAGAUGUUCAUGGAAGACACUGAGAGAAAGGAGCAGGAGCAUAUGCGAUAGUCCUGUCUCUGCACAAUACAAGUCUAAGUCUGAAUUGUUGCCACCUUGAAAAACUGGGCUGUAUUUGAAAUCUUAAUAAUCCCACCAAAAUGAUGUAAUUUCACGUUUAAUUAGUCCGUGGCAACAGGUACAGGUUUACAGAAUAGCUUCUGGAAUGUUCUAGCACUCAUAUGCAGUGUUGCAUUCAGUGUAACGCUCGCAGGCACUGCCCUGUUAAUUGCAGGGUUUUGGUAGGUCUGGUAUUGCUGCACCAAGCCCUAUGGGGGAAAAUACAGCCCAGUUCUUGCUCAUAAGUUUUAGUUCUGUGGGUUUUUCCCCCUUCCCCAGAACCCUUGAUCUUGAAGAUGGUGAGUAGCCAGCCUAAGUACGAUCUAAUACGGGAGGUUGGUCGUGGCAGUUAUGGUGUGGUGUACGAAGCAGUCGUCAGGAAGACCUCUGCACGGGUCGCGGUGAAAAAGAUUCGGUGCCAUGCUCCAGAGAACGUGGAACUAGCUCUGCGUGAGUUCUGGGCACUUAGCAGUAUCAAGAGCCAACAUCCCAACGUCAUUCACCUGGAGGAGUGCAUCUUGCAGAAAGAUGGUAUGGUGCAGAAGAUGUCCCAUGGCUCCAGUUCCUCCCUUUAUUUACAGCUUGUAGAGACCUCAUUAAAAGGAGAAAUAGUCUUUGACCCCAGAAGUGCUUAUUACCUCUGGUUCGUAAUGGAUUUCUGUGAUGGAGGAGACAUGAAUGAGUAUCUGUUGUCCCGAAAGCCAAACCGCAAGACCAACACCAGUUUCAUGCUUCAGCUCAGCAGCGCGCUGGCGUUCCUGCACAAAAAUCAGAUUAUUCAUCGUGAUCUCAAACCUGACAACAUUCUGAUCUCUCAGAGCAGGAUGGAUGCUAGUGACUUGGAGCCUACCCUGAAAGUAGCUGAUUUUGGGCUGAGUAAAGUAUGUUCAGCCUCAGGACAGAAUCCUGAGGAACCAGUCAAUGUAAAUAAGUGUUUUCUAUCAACUGCAUGUGGGACUGACUUCUAUAUGGCCCCCGAGGUCUGGGAAGGACACUACACUGCCAAGGCAGACAUCUUUGCAUUGGGGAUUAUAAUCUGGGCAAUGUUGGAAAGAAUCACGUUUAUAGAUACCGAAACAAAGAAAGAACUUCUGGGGAGUUACGUCAAGCAAGGGACAGCGAUCGUGCCUGUUGGAGAGGCACUUCUAGAAAACCCAAAAAUGGAACUACUCAUUCCCGUAAAGAAAAAAUCGAUGAAUGCUCGAAUGAAACAGCUGAUCAAGGAAAUGCUGGCUGCCAACCCACAGGACAGACCUGAUGCUUUUGAACUGGAACUGCGAUUAGUCAACAUAGCUUUUAAAGACAGCAGCUGGGAUACGUGACCUGCCAAGUCCUGUCUCUCUCUCAAUCGAGCUGCUUAUCACCCAACUGAUGGUGCAACUUCAUGGCAGUAAAAGAGCCUGAACUCAAACCUGCGGGGUGUAGUUUGUACCGAACGAAUCCUUUUUGAGUUUCAUGAUAGGAAUGUUGAGUUGGCCGUUGUGUUACCGAUGCAUUGAUGUGUAUAAUAGCAGGAUGUUGGGGAUGAUGUUCGUGUGUGUAUGCUGGCGGUGGGAUGUCUUAAGAGCUGAGACCUGAUUUCCAGUGUUAAUGUCUUGGAGUAUUUCGUACAUUCCAGUUUCCUCUGUCAGUAUUAGGAACUCUUGUGGGGGGAAAAAAGAUUUGCAUGCUGGUAGUGCAGAUCUUCAGGCUUUGUAGAGUACUUCUGUGUAUAUAUUUAUGUAUACGAGCGACUGGGAGUGUAUGCCACUUUUCUUAAAUUAUUUGCUAUGGGUCUGAAUGAUUGAGAUCUGCUAGAAAACUAGGUGAAGAUCGAUGAGAAGCAUUCCUUCUCCAGGCCUGAAUAACUUUAUUAUUUAUUUUUGUUAUCUAAUGUCAAAGGUAGGGUCCGAGACUUGACUUUGUAGACACACAAAAAAAAUGCAAUGCAAGGGGAUCAGCAGUUUUUAAAGUGCUGACAUGACUGAGCUUGUCACCGAGGGAGUCAAAUUAUAAAUGUAUGCAAUCAGGUGCUGGCAUGUUGGCUAGUUCAUUAAUCAUUCUUUUUUUUGCUUUCUUUGAAUAAUGCUUUAUGAAGUCAGUUAAAUCUACAGUUCCACAACAUGCGCCUUACUCUUGUAUCUAUAAUCCAAUAGCACCUUGAGGUUUUGUCAUAGCAGAGUACUGUGGGCUUAAGUUAUGCAAAGGUGGAUGAGAGAACGCUGCAGCAGAGAGCGUUAUUUUUAGGGUUCUUCAGAACGUGCUGACAGCAGCUUUCCCGUUAACUGAAUCUAACUAGUAAUAGUGAUUGUGGCCUCCUCCUUUCUGGCGCUGCCUCUAACCUGGCAGUGAUGAGGAGAUAAAGCGGUGUGACUGUCUCUCUCCUAGAGCACACCUGUUCUCAAACAUGGAGAAUAUUCAGUAACCAGUAUGUGAAAGGUAUUCCUGUGGCAGCCUUGGCUGAUUUUUUGGGGCUGGUUUUCCUCCUUUUAAAGAAGUAAUAUUUCUUUAAAAGCACAGAUGGUAGGAUGGAAAGCUUUGAAGUAGUUGAAAGGCUGCUUGUCCCCAGCUCUUAGUCCACAGAAGCAGAUUGAUAUGCUAGAGGUUUCACUGAGGCCACCUGACACUGUAGGGCAGACAGAAGCUGCUUUGUAGUAGUGUAACACUUUGUUCUUUUGGGUGCAGGACUAUGACCUUUCUUGUGAAUUUGACCUUUUGGGGAAAAGUAGUCUCAAAAAAUUGCCUUUUAAGCUGCAACAGAGGCCAGCUUUCUUAAUAAAAUCAAUGUUUUAUUUCCCCAAAUCUUACCUGAAAACUGCUGUAUUUCCUUGUAUAAUUUGCUUCUUAGAUACUCUUCCCUCUUAGUGCUGUGACAGCAGUUCUGAUUGGUGUUUAUUCUGCCCAAGUGUGAAUAAACAGCACAAACAAAAUACAAUUUUAUAUUUUUUUGUACUUCCAAAAGCAAAGGAUUCUGAUUCUACCAAACUUCCGAGGCUUUACAGACUACAGGCAGUUCUUAAUUGGUGCUGUUCAGAACUGGUGGCAGUUACCCAGGGGGCCUUAGUCCUUAAUUCUUGUUAUUUUGCAAAACCUCUCGCUGUCUGUGCCAAUGCAGUUUCACAGUACUUGCAUUUCAGCGUGGUCAUUGGAUGAGUCACGUUUUAAGAGGGUAUAUAAUUUUUCCACAUUAAACUUGAGAGCUUUUUAAAAAUACAUUGCAAACUUCCUCCUCUCCUGUGCACUCCAAAAUCAGAAUUAGCUAUGUUAUCUUAAAGCAUGACUCUACUACAAACUAAUACUACUCACCUUUAAGACACUUAGCAAAUCAUCUGAUUACUCUCUGAAGUAUUUCAGAGGAUGAACACUGAAGGUGCUGCCUGCCUGCAGUACAGAAAUGAGUGAACGGCACAGGAAAGUUGGGGUGGUUUUGACUCUCGAAGUGUUUCUUUGCACUGAUUGCCACUUUAAAGGGUGGGGGUACCUGAAAUCCCUCUCAUGGUGCUUACUUUGCCUUGCUGUUGGGUGACACUGUUUCCUUGUUUAACACUUGAAUAGUAGUCGUUGACGUCUGUGUUCUGUUUGAUUUUUUGUUGUUGUUGUCGUCUGAGGUCUUUGUUUUUAAAACCUUUUGAUAAAUCAAGUUGUUGUAGCAGCUACAGAGUUAUUCACCAGCGUGACACAAAGUCAAGAUACUUUUCAGCACUCAAAAGACUUUUUUUCCAAGUCUUUCUUUAAAAACUGUAAAAUAUAUUUUAUGGAGAAUUUAUAAUAAGGAAGAUUGUGUAAUUUAUUAAGUUCAUGACACUUUUUGAAAUAAAAUCUGAAUUUUGAUGAAGUUUUUGAACUUUA